UCAUUUUGUUUUGUCGUUUAUCAAAUUAAUGAGUGUGUGUGUGUGUGUAAAAAAAAAGUUUACAGAAUGUAAAGAAUUGAACAAAUAAUCUGUAACAAUAAUGCGUAGAAUGUUUUUAUUUGAUGUUAAUCAACCUAAGACGACAACAACAACAAUAACAGAAACCAGAAACAAUCAUUAUCAUAAUUAUAAUCGAAAACUUUUAUCAAUUAUCAAUAAAAUGUUUGGAUCAUCAAAAUCGAAUAAAUUUUUUUUUGAAUCACAUGAUGAUGAUGAUCAUGGAAAUUUAGAUGAUAAUUUGAUUGAUAGAAUACUUUAUCAAUCACAACAUUCAUCUAGACAACAUUAUCAACAAGAUCCAUCAUUAUCCUCUGAUGAAGAUUAUAAUAUCAAUAAUAUUAAAUGGUUAUAUACUAAACGAUAUCCACAAUAUUCAGCAACAUUAAAUCAACAAAAUGAAAUUGAACAUCAUAAUCACUAUCAAACACAACAUCAGAAUAUUCAUCACAAUUUUGAUGAUAUUACUAAUAAUGUAAUUUUUCAAUCAGAUCAUAAUCAUAAUCCUCUUAAUCAUCAUAAUCAUCAUCAUCAUCAUCAUCAACAUCAUCAACAACAACAACAUUCACAACAACAACAACAACAUCAACAACAACAUGAACGUCAUCAUACUAAUAAUCCUCAAAAUGUAUUACAACAACAAUCACAUCAACAAUCAUCAUCGACAACAUUGAAUAAUCAUCAAUCGGAAAUUUCAACACAAAAUUUAAAUACACUUAUUUAUGAUAAUGAUCUUUUAACCGAACGAGAACGUGAAUAUUAUAAAGAUUAUGAUCCAAUGGUUGGAUAUCGAAUAGCAUUAUCAUUAGGAAUUAUUAUACUUAUAUUCAUAAUAUUUGUUCUCUAUAAAACACAUUGUCAAAAUAAAAAAAAUCGACGAUUAUUGAUGAAUGCACAACAAAAUAUUCAAAUGUCAAAUUUACGAACAUCUACAACAACUAAUGAUUUAUAGCAGUAUAUUUGUCAGCCAUAAUAAAAAAAAGUAAAAUGAAUGUAGAUUUUUCUAUAGAAAUUAUAAAAACA